AUGGCCACUCGGGGCAGCACCAGCAGGGCGACGGCCACCGGCCUCGCCCUCACGCUGAUUGCCGUCGGCGUGGGCGUCAGCUCCGCCGGCGGCUUCGCCUUGCUUCUCAGCUUCGCCGGGGUGCUCGCCGGCGCUAGCCUGAUCGCCAUCGGUGUCCGGAUGGCCGACGACGACCCGACGGCGCCCAUAGGCCGCCCCGGGGUGCUCCCCGCUGGUGUACGUGUACGCGCACUCGUACACUGCCUGCGCCGCAACCUCGCCCUCGUGGGCCUCCUCUUGGCUUCCUCUGCUGCCACUGCGACGGCGGCAGCGGCGGCUGCGGACAGGGAGGUGGCACCGGUGCUCUGCUUCUGCGCGUUCGCUCUCCUGCUGCUCGGCAUCUCUCUCCUCAACAUCGGAGUUCUUCUUCUUGGGGAACAGGAAGACUAG